AUGUAUGUUGCUCCACAAAAACCACAUAGAAAACAAAUUAUUUUGGCUGAUGUUAAUAUUCCAUAUAAAUUUUCGCUCGAUAGACAGAAAAACAAACAAUUUUUUUGCAUAAAUGCCGAUAAAUUUUCUGACCAAAGUUUUCAAAGUGUCGUUUUAGAUUUAAAUACAGAAAUAGUAAAUAUUGUCCCCAAUAUACGCAAUGGAUUUGCAAGUGCCGUUGACCAAAAUACCGGCACAGUGUACCUCGGUGGCAGUGACGGAAUAUACCAGUAUAACUAUCAAACCCAAGAUAUCAACAGACCAGCUAUUCUAAAGGGUAUUGAUAUAUUUGAUAUGUACUUCAAAGACUACUUGUAUUUUGUUGAAACUACUAAUCUCGAUUUAUACGAGUUAAGAAACAACAAAAAAUAUAUUGUUUCCAAUCUUGAGGAAUAUGGAGUACAUCAUUUUGUGAUAGAUAGCGAUGAUAAUAUCAUUCUUGCGAAUCCGGGUGGUCUUUUUUAUAUGCAUAAAAAUGCUAAGACACCAAUAAGGUUUAGUGACGGUGUACAAUAUAUACGUGGUAUGACCACAGACACGGAAGGCAAUCCUUAUGUAAUCGCUAAAGAUGGAAUUUACAUGAUAGACACAGAUAACGAGCAGCCUUUAAAACUUUUAACAUUGAAUGAUGGUUAUGGAAUAGCAUUUGAUAAGGAUAAUAAUAUACUGUUCAGUGAUGAAAGAACGGUAGUAAAGUUAGUUCACUGUAAAUGA